AUGCUGCUGCACCUGUGUAGUGUGAAGAAUCUGUACCAGAACAGGUUCUUAGGCCUGGCCGCCAUGGCAUCUCCAUCUAGAAACUCCCAGAAUAGACGCCGGUGCAAGGAGCCGCUCCGCCACAGCUACAACCCAGGCCAGUACCACAGUGUGGCCGUCAGGACUGGCCCCCAUGGUGCCGUCACCAUCCCCCGCUCCACCAGCGACACCGACCUGGUCACCUCGGACAGCCGCUCCACACUUAUGGUCAGCAGUUCCUACUACUCCAUAGGGCACUCACAGGACCUGGUGAUCCACUGGGACAUCAAGGAGGAAGUGGACGCUGGGGACUGGAUCGGCAUGUACCUCAUCGAUGAGGUCUUGUCGGAAAACUUCCUGGACUAUAAGAACCGUGGAGUGAAUGGCUCUCAUCGGGGCCAGAUCAUUUGGAAGAUUGAUGCCAGCUCUUACUUUGUGGAACCUGAAACUAAGAUCUGCUUCAAAUACUACCAUGGAGUGAGUGGAGCCUUGCGAGCCACCACCCCCAGUGUCACUGUCAAAAACUCGGCAGCUCCUAUUUUUAAAAGCAUUGGUUCUGAUGAGACUGUGCAAGGGCAAGGAAGUCGGAGGCUGAUCAGCUUUUCUCUCUCAGAUUUCCAGGCCAUGGGGUUGAAGAAAGGGAUGUUUUUCAACCCAGACCCUUACCUGAAGAUUUCUAUUCAGCCUGGGAAGCACAGCAUCUUUCCUGCCCUCCCCCACCACGGACAGGAGAGGCGAUCCAAAAUCAUUGGCAACACUGUGAACCCCAUCUGGCAGGCCGAGCAAUUCAGCUUUGUGUCCUUGCCCACUGAUGUGCUGGAAAUUGAGGUGAAGGACAAGUUUGCCAAGAGCCGCCCCAUCAUCAAGCGCUUUUUGGGAAAGCUAUCAAUGCCUGUUCAAAGACUCCUGGAAAGACAUGCCAUAGGGGACAGAGUGGUCAGCUACACCCUUGGCCGUAGGCUUCCAACAGAUCAUGUGAGUGGACAGCUGCAAUUCCGAUUUGAGAUCACUUCCUCCAUCCACCCAGAUGAUGAGGAGAUUUCUCUGAGUACCGAGCCUGAGUCUGCGGAAAUUCAGGACAGCCCCAUGAAUAACCUGGUGGCAAGCAGCUGUGGGGAGCCCCCUUGUGAUGCAUCAGAACCCUCAGGGACCCCAAAGCCUGAGCAGCCCAGCCAGGGCAGCACUGUGGGCCCUCCAGGGAUCGAGAGCCUGGAGCUUACCAGUCUGGUUGAGGCAGCGCCAGGUACCACCGAGGCAGGAGAUGAUGGCACAGUCUCUGUGGGGCCUGAGGGGGCUGGGGAGCUGCUGGCCCCCGGGCCAGAGGACACAGAGCCCGCCUUAAGUGCAGAAGAACUGGCCGAGCGGCUGGACCUGGGAGAGGAGGCGGCCCUACCGGGGCUGCGGGAGGACGGUCAAGCCCCGAGCAGCCCUGGGGAGCCGGUGGCUGAGGAAGGGGCCACAGAGAGCCGGGCUGGGGGGCACGAGGAGGAGAAGGAGCAGGUGGAGGAGGAAGAGGGGGGCGUGUCUGCCCUGGGGCAGGGGGAGGACAGGCUGCAGCUCCGGGCGUCGGUGAAGAGGAAAACCAGGCCGUGCUCCCUGCCUGUGUCCGAGCUGGAGACGGUGAUCGCGUCCGCCUGCGGCGAGCCAGAGACACCGCGGACCCACUACAUCCGCAUCCACACGCUGCUGCAUAGCCUGCCCUCGGCGCAGGGCGGCAGCGCGGACGAAGACGACGGCGCCGAGGAGGAGCCCACCCUCAAGGAUGCCUCGGAGAAGGAUGCGCUCAGCGAGGUGGACACAGUAGCCGCGGAGCCUCCUCCCCUGGAAGAGGAUGGAGAGGCCCCCGAGGGGGCCACUCCAGGCACGGCUCCCCUCGGCCACUCGGGCUUGGCCAACGGCUCGGCCCCGGAUGGCGACGCGCUCCCCAGCACGGGGAGCGAGAGCGACUCCAGCCCGCGGCAGGGCGGGGACCACAGCUGCUGCGACGCCUCCUGCUGCAGCCCCUCCUGCUACAGCUCCUCCUGCUACAGCAGCUCCUGCUACAGCGCCUCCUGCUACAGCCCCUCCUGCUACAACGGCAGCAGGUUCGCCAGCCACACGCGCUUCUCCUCUGUGGACAGCGCCAAGAUCUCCGAGAGCACGGUCUUCUCCUCGCAGGACGACGAGGAGGAGGAGAACAGCGCCUUCGAGUCAGUGCCCGACUCCGUGCAGAGCCCGGAGCUGGAGCCGGAGUCGGUGAACGGCGCGGGGCCGUGGCAAGACGAGCUGGCCGCCCCCGAUGGGAGCGUGGCCAGAACCGUGGAAGGUCUGGAGUCCCCCGUGGCAGGGCCGAGCAGUCGGAGAGAAGGUGAAUGUCCUACACUCCAUAAUUCCCAGCCAGUAAGCCAGCUUCCUUCCUUGAGGCCUGAACAUCAUCACUACCCAACAAUCGAUGAGCCUCUUCCACCAAACUGGGAAGCUCGCAUUGACAGCCACGGGCGGGUCUUUUAUGUGGACCACGUGAAUCGCACUACCACCUGGCAGCGCCCCACAGCAGCAGCCACCCCCGACGGGAUGCGGAGGUCUGGAUCCAUCCAGCAGAUGGAGCAGCUCAACAGGCGGUAUCAAAAUAUUCAGCGAACCAUUGCUACAGAGAGGCCUGAAGAAGAUUCUGGUAGCCAAAUUUGUGAGCCAGUUCCAGCAGGAGGUGGUGGAGGAGGUGGCGGGAGUGACUCAGAGGCUGAAUCUUCGAGCUUAGAUCUGAGAAGAGAUGGGUCACUUUCUCCAGUGAAUUCACAAAAAAUCACCUUGCUGCUACAGUCUCCAGCGGUCAAAUUCAUCACCAACCCUGAAUUCUUCACUGUACUGCACGCCAAUUAUAGUGCCUACCGAGUCUUCACCAGUAGCACCUGCUUGAAGCACAUGAUCCUCAAAGUCCGGCGGGAUGCGCGCAACUUCGAACGCUACCAGCACAACCGAGACCUGGUGAAUUUCAUCAACAUGUUCGCGGACACGCGGCUGGAAUUGCCCCGGGGCUGGGAGAUCAAAACGGACCAGCAGGGAAAGUCUUUCUUCGUGGACCACAACAGUCGAGCUACCACUUUUAUUGACCCCCGAAUCCCUCUUCAGAACGGUCGUCUUCCCAACCAUCUGACUCACCGCCAGCAUCUCCAGAGGCUCCGAAGUUACAGUGCUGGAGAGGCCUCCGAAGUCUCUAGAAACAGAGGAGCCUCUUUACUGGCCAGGCCAGGACACAGCCUAGUAGCUGCUAUUCGAAGCCAGCACCAACAUGAGUCGUUGCCGCUGGCAUAUAACGACAAGAUUGUGGCAUUUCUUCGCCAGCCAAACAUUUUUGAAAUGCUGCAAGAGCGCCAGCCAAGCUUGGCAAGAAACCACACACUCAGGGAGAAAAUCCAUUACAUUCGGACUGAGGGUAAUCAUGGGCUUGAAAAGUUGUCCUGUGAUGCAGAUCUAGUCAUUUUGCUGAGUCUCUUUGAAGAAGAGAUUAUGUCCUAUGUCCCCCUGCAGGCUGCCUUCCACCCUGGGUACAGCUUCUCUCCCCGCUGUUCACCCUGCUCCUCACCUCAGAACUCCCCAGGUUUACAGAGAGCCAGUGCAAGAGCCCCUUCACCCUAUAGGAGAGACUUUGAGGCCAAGCUCCGCAAUUUCUACCGAAAACUGGAAGCCAAAGGAUUCGGUCAGGGUCCAGGGAAAAUUAAGCUCAUCAUUCGUCGAGACCACCUGUUGGAGGGAACCUUCAACCAGGUGAUGGCCUAUUCCCGGAAGGAGCUCCAGCGAAACAAGCUCUACAUCACCUUUGUUGGAGAGGAGGGCCUGGAUUACAGUGGUCCUUCGAGAGAAUUCUUCUUCCUUCUGUCUCAGGAGCUCUUUAACCCUUACUACGGACUCUUCGAGUACUCUGCCAACGACACCUACACCGUGCAGAUCAGCCCCAUGUCUGCCUUUGUAGAAAACCAUCUUGAAUGGUUCAGGUUCAGUGGUAGAAUCCUAGGCCUGGCUCUGAUCCAUCAGUACCUUCUGGAUGCUUUCUUCACAAGACCCUUCUAUAAGGCGCUCCUGAGACUGCCCUGUGAUUUGAGUGACCUGGAAUAUCUAGAUGAGGAAUUCCACCAGAGCUUGCAAUGGAUGAAGGACAACAAUAUCACAGACAUCCUCGACCUCACGUUCACGGUUAAUGAAGAGGUUUUUGGCCAGGUAACGGAGAGGGAGUUAAAGUCUGGAGGCGCCAACACGCAGGUCACCGAGAAAAACAAGAAGGAGUACAUCGAGAGGAUGGUGAGGUGGCGGGUGGAGCGCGGCGUGGUGCCGCAGACCGAGGCGCUGGUCCGGGGCUUCUGCGAGGUGGUGGACUCAAGGCUGGUCUCCGUGUUCGAUGCCAGGGAGCUGGAGCUGGUGAUCGCUGGCACCGCAGAGAUUGACCUGGCCGACUGGCGGAACAACGCCGAGUACCGGGGAGGUUAUCAUGAUGGGCAUCUCGUGAUCCGCUGGUUCUGGGCUGCAGUGGAGCGUUUCAACAACGAGCAGAGACUCAGAUUACUGCAGUUCGUCACAGGAACAUCAAGUGUGCCCUACGAAGGCUUCGCAGCCCUGCGAGGAAGCAAUGGGCUUCGGCGUUUCUGCAUAGAGAAAUGGGGGAAAAUUACAUCUCUCCCCAGGGCACACACAUGCUUCAAUCGCCUGGAUCUCCCGCCUUAUCCCUCGUACUCCAUGUUGUAUGAGAAGCUGUUAACGGCAGUAGAAGAAACCAGCACCUUUGGACUUGAAUGA